UUAUUGUGCUAUGCUUUGACUCUCUCUGAGCUUGUUAUAAGCAUAAAUGACUAUGGAAGAUAUCCUUUCGUCAUCAGAAAUAUGCCAGGAAAUUCUUAAAUACAUCAGUGGCCAACGGCGAGGCUAUCCAAAGGAUCUUUUGGCACUCUGUCAAACAAAUAAAGCAUGGCAACGAGAAUCUGAAAAGGCGUUGUACCACAGUGUUCGGGUUGACUCCCUCGCUCGGCUGAAACAAUUCUGCACGACAAUCAUCACCCAGCCCCGCAUCGCAGAACUGGUUAUCGCCUUCAGCCUCAUGUCACAGCCCACCCGGUACACGCCGCCUAGUACAACGUAUCUAGCCGAACUCUGGAAAAGUUUUCAUGGAGUACUUCAGAAGCUUCCCAACCUUCUAUCUCUCGCCAUAGCCGAACAAUACGCCGUACCAAGCUGGGUGUUCAGCUCCGAAGCCGCGGGAGAAUGCUUAUUCCCGUUUAACCUCACUUCUUUGACGAUGUAUGGCGUGCCGUAUAACUCUCAGAUGGCGGAAUUCAUUUGUGCCCAGUCGGACCUCCAACGCCUGCAAUACUAUGCGGAUCCCACGGAAGAGGACGUAAGACAUGCGUACGAGCCGGGAACGCCGUCUUUAUAUGACGGCAUCCUACUCGAGGACUUGCGUGAACUGUCAGGAAAUGUCACCAUCGUACAUGAUAUACUCUCUGCGCCGUGUCAACCGCCAAUUACCCGGCUCAUCAUGGGCACAGACGAAGAAUGGCCGACUCUUUUACAGGUCUUGCCAAAAUUGUCAAAAAUACGCAACACUCUGCGGAAUCUAGGUGUGACGCACAUACCACAUGACCCGGCUGUUGUGGACCAGGUUUUGGAUAUCAUUGCUGCUACAUGUCCAGAUAUUCGGACUCUGGGUCUGAUACCGCUGCCUUGGCUUGAUAGAUCGGUGCUUCAUCGCACGCUAAUGCAGAUGCAGAAAUUGAUAAGUAUCGAACUAGUAAUCCAUAGUGGGAUAUGGAAUCCGAUUCCGCAGUCCAUGAUAACAAAGGUAUUCGCAUCGGAGCUCAAGAUGUACUGUCCUUCAUUGAUGUCAGUCAGCUUGAUGGCCCCCUCUUUUGUUCAUCGUUGAUUCUUCCGCAGCGAAUGUCACUUCCGCACGCCUUUCGAUCGGGCGGCCUGGUUUCAUAACGGACAAGAUUGGAAAUAUCAUAUACCACCAUGAUUAUUGACGGUCAAUGUCGAGUUAUGCCUGUACGAUCUCGAAG